AUGCCGGCGAUACCGCAGCGCUCCCUGCUCGCAGCGCCCAACACGGGCGGAGCCGCCUCCGCCCGCAGCACCGGCAGCAGCCCGAGGGAGACGGCUGCAGCUCGGGGGCUCCUCCGGCGCCUCCGCCAGCCCGAGGGCGGCCGCCCCACCGGGACCGCGGGAGCGCCCGGCGCCGCUCGCCCGGGGCGGCUCCCGCAGCUCCCGGCCCGCGGCAGCAAAGCACCGCCUCGCCCUCCGCCAUCGGCGGGCGGCAGCGCCCCCGCCCCCGGCACCGCUGAGGGAGGCCGAGGAACCGGGCGGACGCUCAUUCCGCGCUGCUCAGCACCGGGCGGGCGGCCAGACGGAGGCUGCGCCCCUGCAGCGUCGCCGUCCCGCGCGGGAGAGGCGCCGGCAGCUGCCCGCGCACAGCCCCGCGCCGCCGCCUGGCACGCCAGCCACUCGUGUGCCGCGUCGGCCGUUGCGUCACACGCCGCGCCAGCAGCAGGGCCUGCCGGGAGUUGUAGUCUCGGGCUGGCAGCCACGGCUCCGUCCCCCGCCACCGGCAGCUGCAGUCCCUCCUGGGCAUCAAACGGGUCCUUCGCCCCAGGGCGGGGAAGCACCUGA